AUGUCUGGGAGCGCGGGAUACGAUAGGCACAUUACCAUCUUCUCAGACCAGGGUCGUCUGUACCAAGUCGAAUAUGCCUUCAAGGCCAUCACAGCUGCUAACAUCACCUCCAUCGGCGUGAGAGGGAAGAACUGCGCCGUGGUAUUGUCUCAGAAGAAAGUUGCCGAUAAAUUGAUCGACCCAUCCUCCGUUUCGCACAUCUUCCGGCUUUCCCCCACCGUCGGUUGUGUCAUGACCGGAUCGAUUGCCGAUGCCAGAGCAUCUGUCGACCGUGCCCGCGGCGAGGCGGCUGAAUUCCGAUACAAAUAUGGCUACGAGAUGCCUUGUGACGUUCUUGCGAAGAGACUGGCCAAUAUCAACCAGGUCUACACACAGAGGGCUUACAUGCGUCCGCUCGGAGUUGCGAUGACCUUGAUCUCCGUCGACUCAGAGAAUGGCCCACAGCUGUACAAAUGCGACCCUGCUGGAUACUAUGUUGGAUACAAGGCCACUGCCUCCGGUCCUAAACAGCAGGAGGCACUCAAUUACUUGGAGAAGAAGUUGAAGAACAAGGAUUACGCUGAGGGCAGCUGGGAGGAGGUUGUGGAGCUGGGCAUCACGGCCCUGAGCAAUGUGCUGAGCGUCGACUUCAAGAAGCACGAAUUGGAGAUUGGCAUCGUCGGUGGUCCCCGAGCGGAUGGCCAGGAAGGGACGGAUAUUGCAUUCCGUGCCCUGACGGAGGAGGAGAUCGACGAGCGGCUACAGGCCAUCAGCGAGAAGGACUAA